AUGAAAUUCACUGACGGUUGCUGGAGAGAUAAGGCAGGCGUGACAUUCUCACAUGCCAGAGAGACGGUUCCUGGAAGCAUUGGUUUGAAGGGCGACAACACCCUUCGUGCUCUUUGCACUACUAAGCACACAAAGCACCGUGGUGAUACUCUCAACCGUCCUACUAUCACACUUGAGACUUAUUCCCCAGCUAAGGAUGUCAUUGCCACCAAGGCUACUCACCACACUGCUAUCAACAGAGCCCACAAGCAGGUUAUUGUACACGAUGCUGAAACCGUUGCUGCCGACAUCAAGGCUGAGCAGAACAACGCUAGCAUUCAGUCUGGUUCUCUCAAAUCAAAUAUCAGCACUGAAGCCGACAACUUCAAGAUUACUUAUACUGGUGAGCAGAAGGAGCUUCUUACUGAGGCUUUGGAUGUAUCCUGGAUCAUGGCCAAGACCGAUUUGUAUGAUGGUAUGAAGGCUACUCAGAGUUUCGUUGACCCCACUGAUGAGGAGAGCACUGUCAAGAUUCGCAACCAUAUGUCAGUUUUGCUCAGCCUUGCUCCUGGUGAAUAUGUUUACGGUUUGGGUGAGCGAUUCGGUCCUUUCGUCAAGAACGGACAAUCCAUCGACACAUGGAACGAGGAUGGUGGAACCAGCUCUGGUAUCGCUUACAAGAACGUUCCUUUCUACAUGACCAACAAGGGUUACGGUGUUUUCUUCAACCACUCUGAAGCUGUGUCAUUUGAGGUUCAAUCCGAAAAGAUGAGUGGUGUCCAAGCCUCCGUUCAAGGAGAGAGCAUUACUUGGUAUGUCAUUUAUGGACCUACCCCUGCUGCUAUCUUGGAAAAGUACACUGCUUUGCUCGGUCGUCCCGGUUUGCCUCCUCAGUGGACUUUCGGUCUUUGGUUGUCCACCUCCUUCGUUACAGAGUAUGACGAAAAGACUGUCACUUCUUUCUUGGACGGUAUGAAGGAUCGUGAUAUUCCCCUUAGCGUCUUCCACUUUGACUGCUUCUGGAUGAAGCCUUACAGAUGGUGUGAUUUCGAGUUCGAUGCUGACUACUUCCCUGAUCCCAAGGCUUUCUUGGAUAACCUUCACAAGCGUGGUCUUAAGGUCUGCGUUUGGAUCAACUCUUGGAUUGCUCAAGAAAGUGGUCUUUUCCAAGAAGCUGAUGAGAAUGGUUACCUUGUCAAGAGAUUGGAUGGUACCUCCUUCCAGUCUGAUGAUUGGCAAGCUGGUAAGGGUGUUGUAGACUUCACCAACCCCGAUGCUUGCAAGUGGUUCCAGUCUAAGCUCGAGCACCUUUUGGAUUUGGGUGUUGAUACUUUCAAGACUGAUUUCGGUGAACGUAUCGUUUGGAAGGAUGUCAAGUACUUUGAUGGAUCCGACCCUGUUCAAAUGCACAACCAAUACACUCACCUCUACAACAAGUGCGUUUGGGACCUUUUGGAGAGAAAGCGUGGUAAGGGUGAUGCCUGUCUUUUCGCCCGAAGUGCUACCUCUGGUGGUCAACAAUACCCUGUUCACUGGGGUGGUGACAGUGACACUAGCUGGUUCUCCAUGGCUGAGACCCUUCGUGCUGGUUUGUCCCUCGCUGUUUCCGGAUUUGGUUUCUGGUCUCACGACAUUGCUGGUUUCAAGACUGGCAGCGGUAACGACUUCACCAACCCUGUCGGUGCUAUCUACAAGCGUUGGGUCCAAUUUGGUCUCUUGUCUUCUCACUCUCGUCUUCACGGUUCCAGCUCUUACCGUGUCCCAUGGAUUGUUGAUGAGGAAGCCUGCGAUGUCUUGGAGAAGUAUGUUAAGCUUAAGAUGAGACUCAUGCCUUACAUCUGGAAGGAAUCUAUCCAUGCCAACAAGACCGGUACUCCUCUCAUGAGACCUAUGUUCAUGGAAUUCCCUGAAGAUCGUACUGUCUGGACCCUUGACCAGCAAUAUAUGCUUGGCCCAAGUUUGUUGAUUGCCCCUAUCUUCAACGAUACUGGUGAUGUCGAAUACUACGUUCCAGCUGGUACCUGGGUUGGUUUGUUGGAUGGUAAGAAGCGCGUUGGUCCUUGCUGGGUUAAGGAGAACCACGACUUCCUUUCUCUUCCCAUCUUGGUCCGUGAAAACCACGUCGUUGUUCUCGGUUCCGACGAAACCAAGCCUGAUUAUGACUACACUAAGGACUUCACCGUUGUUGUUGGUUCCAAGGAUGCCACUGGCUCUGCUACCAUUGUUGAUGCUGCUGGAAACGAGACUGUCAAGAUCUCCGUUGCCAACGGUGCCGUUCAAGUUGAAAACGCUCCUGCUGCAUGGAAAGCACAGAUUGUUGGAGGUGAUGAGCGAUCUGCCUCAGGCAACAAGUUUGACCUUUAA